AUGAUAGAGAAUAAUGGUGAGAAAAAGCCAGAAAAUAAUGAAAACGUAAUCGUAGAGAAUUUGGAAAAUAAUGAAGAUUAUUUUAUCGAAAAUUCAAAUGAUAUAAACAAUGUAAUAAGUAAUGAUAAUGAGAAAAAUGAUGGGAUAGGAAAAAAUGUAAAGAGAGAUAUGGGGAAAGAUGAAAAUAAGAGAGAUCUUAUAUUUUCUUCAAUUCUUCGAUAUAAAAAAUAUUUAACAAAAAAAGGUAAUAAUUAUUUCGAGUUCAAUCAGACAAAUUUACAAAUAAAUGAAAAUGAAAUGUUGAUACAUAAUAGUAACUUCUUUCAUUUAUUUGAUAUAAAGACUAUUUUUUUCCCUCAUAUUUUUUUAAAUGUCAAUUCACAUAUUAAUAUAAAUAUUUCAGACUAUUUAAAUUAUAUUAAAAAAUAUUCAAACAUAUGUGAUACACAAAAAAAUAUUGAAUAUAGCUCAAGGCAAGAAUUCGUAUUGGAAGCAAUUGAAAAUGUAGAACAUGUUGAAGUCUUCAAAAAUGUGACACUACUGAACAGUCUAUUCCUCACAUUGAACCCCAAAAUUUCCGAACAAUUGAAAACUCAUUUUGAUAGUAUACACAAAAUUAAUUCAAGUGAUUUAGUUUUUGUACAAACAAAUCGAAAAAACGACAUGAUACUAGGCUAUAUUAAAGAUAGCAAAUAUAAUUUAAUUUUUGAAGUAUUUAAUUUUAAAAAAUUCUUUGAAGAAUUCUAUAAUGAUGAUAUAUAUAUUGAUAUAUUUGAAAUAAAUAAAAAACAAAUAGAUCAACAUGAUUUUAUUAAAAAAAAUGAAAAUGGAAAAAUAUAUUUAAAAGACCUAAAAAUAAAUGAAAAAAACAAAAUACACACAAAAAGUGAUAUAUUUAAAAAAAAAUACUCCCAUUCUGUGUAUCAAUAUGAUUAUUACUUUUUAAAAAAAUCAAUCAUAGAAUGUUUAUAUUUAAAGGAUGCGAAAAUGUGUGAGGAAGGAAGGGGGAAAUAUAUAUUAUCCUUAAAUCUGUGCUUAAAAUAUAUUAAGGAUCAUUUAUUCGUAAUGGUAUUAUAUAGUUAUGAUGACACAGCAGGAAAUGAUACUAACUUUGGCAAAAAUAAAAAAGAAGAGUAUGUUAAUAAUCAUUGUGAUAAUAAUAAUAGAAACAAUUUUGAUAGUUGCGAAAAAAACAUCCUCCAAUUUGAAGAUCUGAUCAUGUACAAUAAUCAGUUUGAUCUAAAUAAGGUUGACAAGAACUUAUUCAAAAGAAACACAUUUUUUGUUAAUAAUUUAUGUUACCCAUUACAAUGUAAAAUUUUAGGCAUUAUUUCGUUUACUAAUUUGUGCCCAGGUGAUUAUAUACGGAAUAUUUAUUUCUCAAAAUUAAAAAAAUAUAUUUACAAUUUAAAAAAUGAAUAUAAGUUUAAUUUAUAUUGUCUUUCCAAUGAUGGUGUUUUAUACACAUUUGAUUGUCUUUUAGAAUUUCAAAAUAUAUAUACCGAAGAAAAUUUUAAAUUUGAUAUAAAGAAAUAUUACAAUUUUCAAAUAAAUAAGCAAUGUUCAUGUACCAAAAUAAAUGUCAUAAAUUUUAGUUCAAAAUAUUUGUAUUCUAUAUCUUUUAUAAACAAUAUAAUCCCCCCUACAAAUGUUUAUACAAAAAAUUAUGACCACCAUGUGGAUAAUUCCAAUUAUGUUCAGAAAAAAAAAACUAGCUGUUCAUACGAUUUUGCAAAAGAAUGCAAUGAAAAUAUAUUUAUGGAGUGUGAUGAGAGGGUAAAAAAAAUUGUAGAUUUAAAAUCGAACACAUAUGAUGAUAAAAUACAUUCAAAAAGUAGUCGUUCCCUAUAUCAUACUAAUUCUACAUGUAAAAAUAAAAAAUAUAGCUAUUUUUUGGAAAUUUUAAAAAAUCAAAACGACAUGAACAGUCAGGUAAUAAAAUGCAAAUAUAAAUUUAUUGUCAUUACAGCGAAAUAUGAUAUAUUUAUAAUAACACUAAAAAAAGAGAAAAAAAAAAAACACACACAAAAUGAUAAUACUAAUAAAGAAAUAGUGAAUUUUUCCUCUACUAAUAAUAACAAUAAAAAUAAUGUUAUAUGUAGAAUUGUCAUAAAUAAAUAUAAUUUUGAAAAAUAUAAUGAAAUUAAAUGUAAAAAUAAAAGUUGUGUAUUAUUUGAAUUAAUAUGUUUUUAUAAAAAUGGCUAUAUAAAAAAAUAUAAUUAUAUAUGUACAUAUAAAAAUGAUGAUUUUGAAUUUUAUUUAUUUGAAAACGAACAAAUUAAAAAUUCAAGUAUUGCUAAGAAACAAUUUUUUGUACCAACACUUUUUUCCUUUAAUGAUGAAAUUAUAAAAAAGAAAAAGGACGUAGAAAAUGAAGAUGGAAAAAAUAAUAGUCUUAAUAUAUAUAACACAUCCAUAAGUCUUUAUAAAAGUCUAAUUUAUUUAUAUUAUGAAGAAAAGAAAUAUGAAAAUAUUAGUAUGUCAAUAAAUGAUCAAUGUCUCACAAUUAAUUAUGUUAAAGCCUUUAGUAAAUGGUUUAAAAAAAUAUACAAGUUUGUGUAUAAAAGACAUGUGUGUCAAUGUACCGAAGAUUGUAUUAUGCCUGGUCAAAUUGGCAAAUCUACCAAUUAUUAUGAUAAUAAUUUUCAUCAAGGAGAUACUAAUAAUGGCAACUUAUGUAAUAAUCAUAGCAUAGAGAAGAAUAAAAAUGAAACAAGCUCUGCACACAACAUUGGUAACAGUUCCUUAUGUUUAAACAUGCUUGUUAAAAAAGAAAGUAAAACAUUUUUUUGGGAAUAUAAAUAUAUUUUAUUCGGAUUUUAUGAUAUAUUUUUAAUUAAUGAGAAAAAUAAUUUAUCCCAUGUAAAUGAUGAGAGAAAAAAUACUGACAAAAAAACCUUAAAAAAUUCUUACGAUGCACAUAGUCAUUUUAAUUUUAUAAAUAUUGUAAAGGAAUAUUUUUCCUAUGAUAAUAUUAUAACAUGUAUAAACAGUUUACCACAAAAUUUAAGCAUGAAAAAAAAAAAAAUUAAACUAAAUUUUUAUUAUUUUAUAAAUUUUAUAAAUUUUUUACAAAAUAAUUAUAUACAUGAAUAUGGAAGUGUAUUUCAUUUAGUAUUUAAUCAGCUGAAUGAAAAAAAAAAAGAAAAAGAAAACAAAAUAGACAACAUCACUUCCAGUGAUUGCAACAGUUGUGAAUUGUGUGCAGAUUGUGUUUUGAAAAAAUAUUGCCAAUUCAUUGAUAUACGAAAAUAUUGUUCUAUUUUAUUUUCCUUUUUUAUUCAUAUGUAUAAUUUUUGUUUGAAGGGAAAUGGAUUAAAUAACGACGCAUUUAUUUCACAUAUCACAUAUUUUUUAAUAAAUAAAAAUACAAAAAUAAAUAAAAAAAGGUAUAGGUACUUACACCAAAAGGAGGAAGCAAUAAAAGGAGUAAUCAAUAAAGUUGAUAAUGUAUCCCCUAAUAUUCUUAAUAAAAAUUCAAUCACAUUAAAUGAGGAUAAGCAUGAAUGUAUAAAUAAUGAAUAUGAAGUACGUGAAAAUGAUCAUACAAAAAAAGAGACAAAUACUAUGUUCAGCUUAGAAAAUAAUAAAAUGAAAAAUAUAAAUGAGGAACAAUUUGAAAAAAAAAAUAAAAAAGAAAUUGAAAUCGAAAAUUUAUUAACAAAUUUUAUAACAUUAAAAAAGUUUUUGUAUUAUAUAAAUAAAGUGAAUAAAUAUCUCAACGCGAUUUAUAGUAUAGCAACAUUGGAUUGUGGAAAUAAGGGUGAAAAAAAAAAUAAAAAUAACAAUAGUAAUGACAGUAGCAAUGACCUACUUUCUUAUGUCUAUGUGAAUAUAGCAAUAUGCCAAGUCCUAUAUACAAUGAUGCACACUUUAAGAAUAAAUAAUACUAACACAUAUGUAAAUUCAAAUUAUAAUUUAAAAAAAAAUAAUAUGGAUUAUUUUUAUUUGUUGAUAUUGCUUAAUUUUUAUACUUUGUUUAGUAUUUUACUAACACAAGCACAAAAUGUUUUAAAAUGUAAUACUAAUGAGAACAGCAAAAAUAUAGAACAAAGAACAAUUGGGGAUAAGAAGUUUAUUGAAAAAGAUUUAUUAAUCCAUUUUUAUAAUGAACUAUAUGAAAAUAAUAAAAAGUUAGAAGACCAAUUUAUGUGUGCAAAUAGUGUAGAAAUAAAAAAUGAGGAUUUUCAAAAAUAUUUAAAUUUAAUAUAUAAAUUAUUUAUAACUAUUAUAAACAAAAUUAAUAUUGAUGAUAAGCUUAUUGAAAAAAUAUAUUUUAAAAUUAAUUGUUGUCUAUGUGAUAAUAUUAGCUUAUCGAAUUUAUAUAAUAAUUAUUAUAUAUGUGAAAAAAAACAUAUUUUUAAUAAAUGUAUGAUAACAUUUUGUUGUAUAUAUAAAAAUUGUCUAAUAUUACCAAAUAUCAUUAUUUUUGAAAAUAUACAUAAAAAUAAUAUAUAUAAUCAGGAUAAUAAUAUCAUAAAAUUUAAUAUAAAUUUCCAAAUUAGUAAUAUUUAUUUUUGUCCAUUUUGUCAUUAUUUUAUUACAACAGACAAUCAAAUUUUCAAGCAUAUAUUUAUUUUUGAUCAAUGCCCUUUUUGUAGCACUCCCUUAGCUAAUUUAUAA